UGCGUGAGAGUGUGGGCCAUUCCAGAUAUCCAGAUGUGUCCUUUAUUUUGAGAGAGAGAAAGAAUCUAUAGGUAUGCGUGCUUCCUUUUUUUUCUCCCCCCCGCUCACUUUAGUGAGCUGCCCAGCUGGAACCAGUUCAGCAGCUGACGCGCGACCCGUUCCCGGUUACCUGAGCCGGGAAACCACGUGAGCGCCACAUCAUCUGGGCUUUUGAUACGGAAAGUCACCGAAAGGAGGAAACAGGAAAAGAACGAAGCGAAACCCGGCUGCCGGACGCCCGGAGAAGGGCUCGUUUGAAUGAGUGGCGGAGCUUGAGCCUCCAGGCAGGGGACGCGCGUCGGGGCCGAGCCGGUGCUCCGGGGCCGAGCCGGUGCUCAUUUCCCACCCCACCCCGUCGCCCGCCUCGGGCUGAAACUCGACCGAGCGCCGCCCGCGUCCCGCUUCCUCUCCUCCGCGCGCGUCAAAAGGGCGCCGAGGUUCCCGCGCCUUCCUUCCCUCCCCCAGGGACCGGAGCCUCGCGAGCGCUGAGGGCAGGCGGCGGCGGCGGGCUGGCGCCGGGUGCGAGCGCGAGGCGCUGGCGGGGGAAGAUGCUGCAGUCGCUGGCCGGCAGCUCGUGCGUGCGGCUGGUGGAGAGGCACCGCUCGGCCUGGUGCUUCGGCUUGCUGGUGCUGGGCUACGCGCUCUACUUGGUCUUCGGCGCCGUGGUCUUCUCGUCGGUGGAGCUGCCCUACGAGGACCUGCUGCGCCAGGAGCUGCGCAAGCUGAAGCGGCGCUUCGUGGAGGAGCACGAGUGCCUCUCCGAGCAGCAGCUCGAGAGCUUCCUGGCGCGAGUCCUGGAGGCCAGCAACUACGGCGUGUCGGUGCUGAGCAACGCUUCCGGCAACUGGAACUGGGACUUCACCUCGGCCCUCUUCUUCGCCAGCACCGUUCUCUCCACCACCGGUUAUGGACACACCGUGCCUUUGUCAGAUGGAGGGAAAGCCUUCUGCAUCAUCUAUUCGGUCAUUGGAAUCCCCUUUACACUGCUUUUCCUGACAGCAGUGGUGCAGCGCAUUAUAGUCUAUGUAACAAGGCGGCCUGUGCUGUAUUUCCAUGUCCGCUGGGGUUUCUCUAAGCAGAUAGUUGCCAUCAUCCAUGCGGUGAUUCUGGGCUUCGUUACUGUCUCGUGCUUUUUCUUCAUCCCAGCAGCAAUAUUUUCUGUCCUUGAAGAUGACUGGAACUUCUUGGAAUCUUUUUACUUUUGCUUCAUUUCGCUGAGCACCAUUGGCCUUGGUGACUAUGUUCCAGGAGAAGGUUACAACCAAAAAUUCAGAGAGCUGUAUAAAAUAGGAAUUACAUGUUACCUGCUGCUGGGCCUCAUUGCAAUGCUGGUGGUUUUAGAGACUUUCUGUGAACUUCAUGAGCUCAAAAAGUUUAGGAAAAUGUUCUAUGUGAAGAAGGACAAGGAAGAGGACCGAGUGCACAUAGUAGAACACGACCAGCUCUCCUUCUCUUCAAUUUCAGACCAGGCGGCUUCUUUGAAGGAAGAUCAGAAAAUAAAUGAACCUUUUGUGACCCCACAGUCUGCAGUUAACUGUGACGGCUGCAUAAACAAUUAACCAAGGGCUUCCGUUUCAAUAUCAAGCGUGCACUUACAUCCCUUCAGUUAGAACUAGUACCAUUAAUGAAACCAUAGAGGCAGAAGGCUAUGCUAUUUUAUCAAGUACUCAUUGCUGGGAAUAUUUUUAAAGUGUAUGAGCCAAAUAAAGCUCUCUUUGGGAACCCCUGGAUUAAUGGUGCAUACACAGAGCAUACAUUGGGGACUCUAGAUUUGAUCAACAAUUCAGUUCUCAUUUCCCCAGCCUGCUCCCCUAAGUCCCCUCCCGCCACCCUGAAAAUCAUGUUGUGGCUCAUUGACGAAAUAGGAGUUUUCUGGUGCUAUUUGCAACUUCUGGUUUUGAAACAUGAAUGGGGGACCGAAGCAUUGAGUUGGAAGGGUUUGUUGUUGUAGCCCAGAAAACAGGAAUAGUCUCUUGCCAUGUCUCCUUCAAUGAGAUUCCCAAAUGACCGGGUUCGUGCACACUGCGCUAUCUUUGUACUUAAACACACAUACACCCCCAAAGUGGAAAGAUCCAGAGCAAGUGCAUUGUAUCAGUUCUGCAGCUAUUUUAAAGCUCAGCUGCUUACCUUUGAAGCCUGGCUCAGAAAGGAUAAAGGCAGACAGAUAAAGUGUGGUGGGAAGUGGUUUGAACUCAUUAUUUGUUGUAUGCCAAUCACACUUCGAAUGUAUCUGAUUUCACUCUCAAGUGUACUACAGUCAUCAUUACUGAGCAAGAAUUCUAUAUCCUGCUUCCUGUCAGAAAUCAAACUGGGUGCUUUCUUCCUGGCCUUAAAAAUAAAAUAAAAUAGCUAAAGGGGUGUUUUUGCAACUGAUUUCAGUGGAUAUAUAGGAUCAGGGACCCAUGAGCACCAGCAAAUACAGCACUUGUAGGCACAGCUUAGGGGAAAGCAAUCUUCCUUAGCACUCUCAGACACCAUUUUACCCCAUAGGCUGUGAGUCUCAAACCAUUUAUUGUCAAGUGGUUUCAGAGAUAUGGUCCUAUCUGUUCAAAGUAGUAGUCAAGCCGAGCACUGGCGUAUCUAGACUUCUGUGAGAAAAGAAAAAUACUUGAAACUUGAUCACCUAAAAGCACUGUAUAUGAGUUUAGUUAAUACCUAGUGUUUAUUAAUAGAUUUUAUACCUUUACUAGGAAAGUUGACUCUCUUGAUAAAUCUGCUUUAAAAUCUAUGUGAGCUGAAGUUUAUAUUUGAGAAAACACAACUCAGAGAUGCUUUUUAAAUUUGAUUUGAAGCAUAGUGUAUUUGCAUGUUCUCAUCCAAGCGGCUAUUUUUGUACAGCCUAAGUUGGUUCUGUUUAUAAUGUUUUAACCUUUGUUUGUGUACAUAAAUGCAUAUAUUUAUAAACUGUACAUAUGUUGUAGAUCACCAGAAUUUAACUGACUUGGCUUUGAAAUUUUAAAAAGUAUCUUCAUCCACAGAUUUCUCUCUAUAGAGAAGUAAAACUCAGAACUGUGGCGCUGAAAAAAAAUGACUUAACUCCUGACCAAAUGAAUGUGGAAGGGUAAGUCUGUAGGGCUGCAAUUUUAAAAUUCUUAUUUUUUUUAAUAGGCCCAGCCCACCCAUCUCGCUGAGGCUGCUGGUAAGUAGCUUGUCUGCUGUGGCCUUCAUAGUAUACUGUAUCAUGGAAUCCUGUUGUUCAGUGAAAUUCUAAUGACAGUCGAUUCUGGGAAACAGGGACAAGUUGCAUUAAUUUCAGACUUUCUCUUUUUUCAAGAGUAUGCUCAUUAGCAAUGAUUAUUAAUACUAAAGCACAGAACUUGAUAAUGGACAAGCUGAAUACCAUACCAUGUUAUAUAUUAGCUAAUCGGCAUUUCAAAGUUGAAUAAAUAAAAGUGUGGCUCCA